CAAGCCCCGCAACGUGAAGUGCACAGAUCUCUGGCUGCAUUGAGGUCUCCGGCCCGGUCCGCCAGGUUCCCGGCAUGCAGCGCGGCGAUCCCGACGUGCCCCGCGGCGCGCGGAGCCGGCUACCCGGCACGCUGUGAGGAGGGCGGAAGCGGUGGCGGCGUAGCGUGAGGCUGCGUGUGUGCUGGCGGGCGGAGGCGACAACUCGGGGUCGACAUGGAAGUGAAGGAUGCCAAUUCUGCUCUGCUCAGUAAUUAUGAGGUGUUCCAGUUACUGACUGAUCUGAAAGAGCAACGGAAAGAAAGUGGAAAGAACAAACACAAUUCUGGGCAACAGAACUUGAAUACUAUCACCUAUGAAACAUUAAAAUAUAUAUCAAAAACACCAUGCAGGCACCAGAGUCCUGAGAUUGUCAGAGAGUUUCUCACAGCAAUGAAAAGCCACAAGUUGACCAAAGCUGAAAAGCUUCAGCUGCUGAACCACAGGCCUAUGACUGCUGUUGAGAUCCAGCUGGUGAGUGAAGGAGGCUUGAACGAAAUGAGGAAGCCACCAGCUUCUGUGAUUUCUGCCAUGCCCUGGUGUGUACAUUUAUUCAGGGCAGUUUGUGAGCUCUCUAGACUGAAGACGGGACAGCGAACCCCGUGACCUCAUAGGCCACUAUCCUGAACAACACUAUCAUAUAAGUCUGUUACAAGGUAGGGAUUAUAAAAUGUUUUGGAAUAUAUAAAAUUUUAUGGCUUAUGAAACACUGUAAUAUAUGUUCUCUUUUAGUCCUUACUGUUGGUGUUACUUUCAUUUCACAUUAGAGAAUAAUUGAAAUUUACAGAGGUUAAGUGAACUUUUCUGGGUCAAAGAGCUAGAAGUAUCUGUAGUUACUAGAUUUUAGUUGUUUUGGGGAAAGUAGGAAGUUAGACUUGGCAGCUUAGAAUGAGAAACAACCAUUUUUGGAGUAUAGCAGCCCAGUUUGACAGCCCCUAGGGAAUUGAUAUGGUCUUUGUCUGUGAUAAAAAUUUAUUGCUGACCCAUCUGCAAAUACUUUGGUUUUUGACAUUUCUUUUGCCUUUAUAUUCCGAACAAUUUGAAACCUUGAGUGUUUGAGAAUAUUGAGAUCGUGCUUUGUAUUUCUUUAUUUGGGCUCAGUUUCUUCUGUGUUGGGAAGAAAAGGUGAGGAAUAAUACAGUUAAUAGCAUUUUACCUUAGUGAUCCAAGAAGGCUUAGUAAAUUUUUGAUGUCUGCCAGUUUCUUUUUUGUGUAUAUGUAUUUCAUUUUGCUUAAUGAAGUUUAGGUUUUCUUCCUGUGACUAGGAAUCUUGGUUUGAAAAGGAAAGUUCCUGACCCUGAGGGUUUGUGUGCUGAUGAAAGCUUCUACUCUUGGCAAACUUGGCAAAAUUUGAAAGCUCAUUAGCCCUGUUGUCAUGAAUACGCCUAGUAGACACCCGAUCAUUGUUGUAUCUGCCAAAUCCAGAGACAGGGACGUAAGAAGGUGCCUUGUUCAAGUCUUCUCUCUUUGGUUUUCUAAAGAUGAAGGCCUCUCAGAGGUCAUAUAACUAAAACUAAACUCAAACCAGUGUAUUCUAGUUUGCAUCUCUGAGAGAGGAAAUAAUAGAAACCUCCUACUGGAGGGCAUGGUGUUCCAGAAAGAGGUGGAAUUCAAAGUCAAAAGACCUUGCACUAUUUACUGUGAGACCCAGAUCAGGUUUUGUUUAUAAUGCUAAGCCUCUACUUACUCAUCUGUAAAUUGUCCUGACUUUAUGGAUCGCAUGUUUGAGAAGCUCUGGUGGCAGUGAUUCUGGGAAAGGCCCUGUACAAAUACUGGUGCGAGGCUGUCCCUGUUCUGAGACUAGUCUAAAUCCUCUUUCCCAUUCCCCUGAGGCAGGAAGCAGUUCAUAAUUAACCACCUACACUAAUUUAUAAAUUUGGAGACAUUCUUCUCUCAGCUGGAGAUCAUCUUUUCUUAGAAUUGAAUAAUCAAAUCCGAUAUAUCCCAUUUCUUCCUCCUUCAUAUUUUGGAGACAGUCUAUGUUAGAUUAUUUCCUUUCAUAUCCUAAUUUUGCAUGUCUGGUUUAAAAAAUGGGAUUCUGGGGAUUGUUUCUUGUUCAGUAGAGGUUACAUUUUACAGAGCGUUUAAUCUUUAGGAAAUGGUCAUUUUAUUUCACAGCAUGAUGGGAAGUAGCCCCAUUGGUUCACUCAGGAUCUUCUCCACCCUAGAACACCCAGGACUAUUCUCUAGUUAUAGAAGCAUUAUAGAAACAACGAUGUUUUUCCAUGAGUUUGUAGUAUGAUCUUGGACACAUCGCCUGGCUUUAUUAGCUUCUGUGCUGUUGUCAAUAAAGUCCGGCAGUCAGACUGAAAUCCUUUUCAGGAUUGUAAGCCCUGCCGGUCAUCUUGCUUUACUUAAAUCUGCUAGGAUUUCUUUCUUGAAUUCCUCUUGGUCUUAGUUGCCAAAUUUCAGAGAUUGCUGUGGGGAAAUGCCACAGAACAGAACCCUGGACACCUUUAGCUGUUUGUGAUUGACAGUGCCACUAUGUGAACAUGGUUAAGACUGCCUAUGUAUUGCUGUUAAAAACACUGUUGACUAUGUUUGUAUUCAUUAAUAUCAUUCAUUAAUAUAUUGAGAACUAGAGGGGAGGCUAAUAAAACUGGCUCAGAAUUGUGGACCAUCUGUGUGUAGAUUUCCGGGACACGUCAAACUGGGCUUUAAGUGGACCUUUAGUGGAGCAGCGGGGGAUUGUUUCCCAGCCGUCACUCAUCAGACUGUUGUUCCACAUUCCAGGAGAUGACCAGGACCACGUGGUGUGUGCUUGAUUGAUUGUAGGUGUUCGUGUUGGGGAGGCCCAGCAUGGGGCUCUCGUUCUGCCCUUUGCCAUAUUGUUGUGAAGGCUGAAAGAAAUAACAGAUAUGAAGUGCUAUGUGCAGCGCCAGGCACAUGAGCUCCCUAAAGAGCUGUUAGUGGUGGUGGGAGUGGGGAUGAGAAAAAAUAGAUAAACCAUUUGGCACACAGUGGGCAAUCAUCAAAUGAGUUGUUGAUACAAUUCAUAAGUCACAGCUGUGCUUAUUGUGAAAUACAAAAGUAUAUAAAGUGUCAUUUUACUCCCCAGGGGUGUGUUUUCUUUGCACAUACAACAUAUUCAUGUGUGCAUGUGGAUGGGUAGAGAACUGUUAGGGUUUUCUGUUUCUUUGAAGAAAAAUGCUAACCUGCAACUUACUUUUUACAUUGACCCAUUUUGAGCCAUCACAUGGGAAUUGGAUCUGGCUUCUCCCCUCUGUUGGAGCCAGGAUGGAGAGGACCUGGAGACCUGAGGGGGGCUCAGGAGCCAGGCCUAGAGCUGUGUGUGCCAGAGGCCAGCAGACUGGGAACAGCAUGGGUGGAGGAAGGCAGGAGUGGACCCCGCCUGUGCAGCUCCUCCAUAAAUAACCCCUGGAGGUUUUCUUUUCUU